AUGUUCGCUAUCGUCCUUUCUUUACUCGCUUUUAUGAUCGCUACACAUGGCGCGUCAUUAAGUCAAAAUUCUGAUUUGGAUGAUGCUGCCUCACGUUUCUUGGCGCGAUACUUGACACAGCUUUAUUCAGACCCAGAUGGCCAAAAUAUGCCAAUCAUUGAUGAAGCCAGAUUAAAGAAAAAUGGAUUAGGUCUACGACCACUUCGAUUUGGUUAG